UUCAGAUCUAAGAUGGAGAGUUGUUUAUUUGAAUUCAAAAGGUUAUAGUAAUAAAGACAUUACUAUGCUUCUUUUUAUAAGUAAAGCUUCUGUAUGUCGAAUAUUAAGUAUGUUUCAAAAGUGGGGAUAUAUCAAAAAUCUAUUUAAAGGACAACCUAAAUGCAAAAAAACCUUUACCUGUGAAGAACUAGGCCUAUUAAAACGUAUCAUUAAGGAGAAAGUAGAUUUGUAUCUUGAUGAGCUCGCAGUUGAAAUAAAAAACUAUACACAAAAGCAAGUUUCUGUAUCGACCAUAUGGCAAUCAUUGCAAUACUGUGGUAUCUCUCACAAAAAGGUAAUUAAAAUUAAUAAAAAACCAGAUUGUUAUGAGAAAUAA